CUUCGUACUGUUUAGAAAAUUUAUAGUACAUCUUCUCGCUAUGGCCAGAACUAAACAAACUGCCCGUAAAUCCACUGGGGGUAAAGCUCCUCGCAAACAACUUGCUACGAAAGCUGCUCGAAAGAGCGCACCAGCUACUGGAGGAGUUAAGAAACCCCAUCGUUACCGUCCUGGAACCGUCGCUCUGCGUGAAAUCCGUCGUUAUCAGAAAAGUACGGAGCUGCUAAUCCGUAAAUUGCCUUUCCAACGCCUCGUCCGUGAAAUCGCCCAGGACUUCAAGACUGACCUGCGAUUCCAGAGCUCUGCUGUAAUGGCCCUCCAGGAAGCCAGCGAGGCCUACCUCGUCGGUCUUUUUGAAGACACUAACCUCUGUGCCAUCCACUCUAAAAGGGUGACAAUCAUGCCCAAGGACAUCCAGUUGGCUCGUCGUAUCCGAGGAGAACGUGCUUAAGUUGAGCGUGUCCAUUGACCACCAAAUAUUACCAAACGGCCCUUUUCAGG